CCCGUAUCGAGAGGUCGCCCAACGUAGAUCCCCUGGACCCUGACAUCAUCCACCCCUCCCCAGACCCUGAUCCCGAAGACCACCACCAAACAACGCCGACCCUUGCUCCCAGAGCUCCCCUGAUGAUGCCAUCCAAACACACCUUUCACCAUAAUCGCAUCUCUGUCCCUGCGAACAGACAUAUCGAGAGUUAGUCUAGCAAGAGAGGCAUAUAAGCCACCGUCUGUUCCCACCUUACAAUUUGGUUUUCUCUCUUCAUCACAAGCAUCAAGCUACUCAACCAACCAACCAACCAAACAAACACCUUCAAGACCUCACAAGUCUCACACCAUUAAAACCAUCUACCACUUCAGCCAAUUUAAAAACAACACAAGCCAUUUAAAAACAAACCCCCCCAAAACAACCAUCACCAUGCCUCUCAGAUCCACCCGUCACACCACCACCACCGCCGCCCCUCGCCGCACCGGCCUCUUCUCCCGUCGCCGCGCCGCGCCUACCACUUCGCGCCACCACCACACUACCACUCGCACCACCCGUACUACCGGCACCACCGCCCGCCCGGCCAAGCGAGGUGGCCUCUUCUCUCGCCGCCGCGGCCCCGUCACCACCCACGCCGCCCCUGUCCACCACCAGCGCCGCAAGCCCUCCAUGGGCGACAAGAUCUCCGGCGCCAUGCUGAAGCUCAAGGGCACCCUUACCCGCCGCCCCGGUCAGAAGGCUGCCGGCACCCGCCGCAUGCACGGCACCGACGGUCGUGGCUCCCACCGCGCCCACCGUUACUAGACCAUAUGUAGCGUAUGGGCUAACAUGAUACCCCUACCGGUUAGCAGUCACAGUUUGUGAUAGUCAGCCACAGCAAGCCUCUUUUGUUUACGGAUGAUGAUGGAUGAUAUUGAAUACCUACUACUGUACAAUUAUUGUUUGAUUAAGCGAGCUGGUUCAAAUAGAUACCAUGUCUGUAUUACGAUACGGAAUGCGAAUACUUGGCACUUACAGUCACGUCUUUUAUUUUAUCGUCUGUGAGAACCUAAAAACAUGCUUGAUUGUUUGGGAUGAGUUUCUUCUGUCUGAACUUGUAUACCUAAUACAACAAGAGUAGCGACCCUUUGAUCCUGAUGAACUUUGCAUAGCCACCCAAAAUCCAGUUCACGCCAAUCCGCCGUAUGUACCAUUGGUCACCAGUGAGCCGCUCACAAUCCACUUUCGCAUAUGACAAGAACCUUGC